AUGAACAACGAAAGAAGCAAUAAAAAAAGAGACAAAACAUCUAAUGAUGUGAAAAGUCUUCUCACCUAACCAAGUAUGUUGUUCAAUCAGAAGGUGGAGGAGAAUAUCGUUCAUGUAAUCUAGUAAUUACAACCUUUGAGGGAAGAAAAUGUUGAACUUAAAAAUACUAUACUAGCUACUUAAACUUAUUUGGAGGUAUUAUCACAUAGUAAUGUAGUAAUAAAGAGAGAAUCUAUCACUAAUUAUCAGAGAAACUGAGAGUAGAUAACUAGUGAAGAGAAUAGCAGAUUUUCCAACGUUGAUUUCAAUUUUGUAGGAGGAUAUGAAAUCCAUGUAAGAAACACUUAGGAAAUGUAUUUCAAACUCUAAUACGUAAUAUAGAAUCACAAAUAUUGACGCAAUAAGCUAGCGAGUUGCUAUUUUUAAAUGAGGAACGUAAUUCUAAUUAUGAACAACUCAAGAUGGAGGUCUCAAAGUAAUCAAUAGAACAAUAACAUAUUAUCACUCGAUAAGAUGAGCUAAUUAAAUAAAAAGAUUAAACCAUAUUUUAAUUAAAUUAAUUGAUCGAGGAUGAGAACAAAAAAAUUAAGAAGAAUCAACACUCACAUUUUGAACUUGUAGACUCUUAUAAUGAGAAGUUGGAAGAACUUACCAAUCAAAUUAAUGAAGAAAUAGACAAGUAGGCAUAAAUGAAGAUUAAAUAUACUCAAAUGCUGCAACAAUAAUAGGAGGAACAUCACACCUAAGUGGCCAUCAAAUAAGAUCAAUACGAAUUUGCCUUGGGUGAAUUGAGAAACACAUAUGAAAAACGCAUGGACAAAUUGAUUAAAGAUAGUGAAUUCAGAAUUUCAGAAGCAAACAAAGCAUCUAUUAGAGCCAACAAAGAAUUAGAAUAAGUAAGAAAUAAGUAUGAAUAAGAAAUUUAAAAAAAUGAGCAAUAACUGGUCAUAAUCAAAAAUCAAUAAAUUCAAUUGUAAUAGCAGCAAUCCUAAACUCAAUAAUUAAGAGCUGAUAUGCAUUAGUAGGCCUUGUAUCUUCAUUAAACUUAAGCUAUGAUAGCUAAUCUCAAGAAAAAUAAUAAUAUUGUACUCAAUGAAGAACAAAUGUAAUCGGAACAAAAAAUCCAGCAAUCAUUAGAAAACUUUUAUUUGACUAAUGCUACUAAUCACUUUUCAACUCAGACACAAUAUUAAUAAGAUACUGAACAUCAAUAACAAUAAACAUCACCUACCUUGGGAGCUUAAGAUGUGAGUUCAUUCUCACCAAACAAUGCAUUCAAAUUGAAUUUAAAACAUGCUGAUUAAUAAACGACUCAAAUCUCCCCUAUUUCUAAUUGUAAACAGAGUGAAGAGAAAGUCACCAAUUUAGAUUUAGAUGAAGUAAAAGAAUCAAAAAAAUAAACUAAUUUAAUGAAAAAACUCAGAAAGAAACGAAAUCAAAGGUCUAAGAAUAGAGAGGACCAAUUCUAUUAUCACAUUCAUACCAAUAGUGUGUUGACUCCAAAAGAAUUAAUUUCUGGACCAUCUCCAAAGUAAAGCGAAGAAACACCGCAUUCUAAAUUUGCUAGUGUCAACUUCACUUAAGCCUUUGCAACUCAUCAUUCAAAUCUUAGAAGAAGAAGUAAAUUACAGAUUAACUUUUCUAAUAAUCAAAUUCAAGAGUAAGAGAUCAAUCAGGAAAUUCAAACAUAAGACAUUUCCUGUUAAACUGAAGAUUGUUUAUUAGAGUACUUGAUUAUAAAUGAAAAUUAGAAAACUGUUAAUACACAUCCAUAAGAACGGUCGAAUAGUUACUAUUUUUCACCAAAUAAAAAAAAUCAAAUAGCAUCUACCAUGCUAGAUAACAGUUCUAGAAAUUAACAUCAAUUUAGUCUUUAAAUAUUGUAAAGUGAUUAGGAUGAAUUCUAACUCUAAUAAAAAGAUGAAGUCUCUAUUCUAAAAGAACAAAUUGCUGCACUUCAACAAUAAAAUCAACUACAAGCUCAUAGUAUAACAGAUUUAUAGGAAAAGGCUUUGUAAAUGUAAGAAAGGAUGAAAGAAAAUGUAAAGUAAAUGAAGUAAUAAAUCUAAAAGAGUUCACAAGAAAAUCAAACUCUUUUAAAAUAACUAGAAAAACCGAAAGAGGUUAUAAAGAAAAAGGUUGAAUUGUAAAAGCACUUAGAAAAUCAGAUUUCUCAAAGUGAGGGUUUAUAAUAUUAACUAACAAAGGCAACAGAAAUUAUAAAAUAUUUUAAUAAUGAACUAGAGAAUUAUAAAUAAAUGUACAACAUCUUUGGAUAAGGCACUAAAUCAGAACGAUUAAAAACUAAAAAACUGCCCAGUAUUUAUUAACCUUCUCCAAAAAGAAAGAUUGGAGAAACCACGCCUAUUAAAUAAUCUAUGUAUGAAGAAGCCCAAAGAUUAAUUGAUAAUCUGUAUGACAUAAAAUCAUAUAAAAGAAAUUGA